AUCUGGGUGUGUAUAUAGACCGAAACGCUUCCUAUGGUGUUUUUUCCUCUCUCUGAGCGUGGGAAAGUAAAUUGUGCUGUAUAUCUGUGCCUUUACGCACCGAUCGCCAUACAUGCAUAUCCCACGCCUGUGGGCUCUGUAGGGAAAAUCCACUGGGUCUAAGUGUCUGCUGGUGAUCAGCCCGGGGGGGUUAAGUUUAUAUAUUUGUAUGCAGCUUGUCACACAAUGCAGACGUCAUCUCCACUGGAUUUAGAUCAGCUUUGGUGAUGGUUUUUCUUCCUCCUCUCCGGCUCCUAUCGCGCCCAGCCUCCUGUGUUGUGAGUGUGGAAUACAGUGAAGGGGAAUAUGUUAUCCGGCAGGUAGUUGGAAUACAAGUUCAUGUAGCCUGCUGCAUCAAUUUAUAACUCUACUACGGUUACGUAUUUCUUCCCGUCUCCCCCAAACGUGCGACUGUUGAUCAAUCACCGCAGGGUCGCCGUCGCGGAUUGCUCCUCGCAAACUUGGAGUUGGCUUCGCCCGGUGCUGCUGUGCCUUUCACUCGAGCGGUGAUCUUCGUAGGAGGCGCCUGUAUUUUUUGCUUGAUUGCUGGCGGCGCACAUGCACAGGCGUCCCCCCCUCCAAAACAGCGGCUUGUGAUAGAGCAACCUCGUCUGGAGGAAGGAGGAGGAAAAACGGAGGGUGAACGGAGGAAAGAGUGGGUGAGUGUGCGGUGAGGACGCUGCAGCCGGUGUUGGACAUUUAAGGAGGCGAUGCUACUGAACAUGUCACAGACAAUGAGCAAAAACACCACUGUGCAGGUAUGAAUAAACCUCUGAAAUCUCGGUCCGCGUGAGUUUGGCAUAGCUCUCCAUCAAGACUAUGGUUAUUGAUGCAUGUAUGGAAUUACGCAUGAACUGAUCUCUUUUUUUUUUUUCACCAUCAUGUCCAAGAAUUUUUCCCGUGAUGAUGACAGCUGUUUUAACAGCGCAAUUACCAUGUAGUAUUUGGACAAAACAGAAAACCAGCUCAUGAAAAAGACACACAUUUGACAUUUGACAUCGCGGAACGGACCACUUAGCCGCCACCAUGGGACUGUGACCCGGGCUGCGAGCUCUGAGAGGCGGCUGUUUGUGUAGUCUGUGCUCCGUGUGCAGACUGGACCUGAGCAGUUGUGACAUUUUGAGCCAUGGCUGCUGCUAUCGCGAGUGGGCUGAUCAGGCAGAAGAGACAGGCACGGGAGCAGCAUUUGGACCGGCCCUCGACCAACCGACGGAGGAAGAGCCCCAACAAGAACAAGGGGCUCUGCAAUGGGAACCUGGUCGACAUCUUCUCUAAAGUGCGCAUCUUCGGCCUCAGGAAGCGGAGACUACGGAGACAAGAUCCCCAGCUCAAGGGUAUAGUGACCAGGUUAUAUUGCAGGCAGGGAUACUACUUGCAAAUGAACCCCGAUGGCUCUCUUGAUGGGACCAAGGAUGACAGCAGUAAUUCCUCUUUGUUCAACCUUAUUCCUGUGGGCCUCAGAGUUGUCGCCAUUCAGUCCGUGAAGACAGGGUUAUACAUCGCCAUGAACGGGGAGGGCCAUCUGUACACAUCAGAACUCUUUACAGCGGAGUGCAAGUUCAAAGAGUCGGUGUUUGAGAACUACUAUGUGAUCUACUCAUCCAUGUUGUACAGACAACAGGAGUCGGGGAGAGCAUGGUUCCUAGGGCUCAAUAAAGAGGGCCAAGCCAUGAAGGGGAACCGAGUGAAAAAAACAAAACCAGCUGCUCACUUCCUGCCCAAGCCAUUAGAAGUUGCCAUGUACAGAGAGCCAUCGUUGCAUGAUGUUGGAGAGACAGUGCCCAAGGCGGCAGUACCUCCCAGUAAAAGCACAAGUGAGCCGGCAGUGAUGAACGGAGGUAAACCUGUAAGCAAGCCCGACAAGCCUACCACAUAGCCACACCUGACCAGUGUGUGUGUGUGUGUGUGUGUGUGGAACGGAGGGGCGAAACGUGACGGAGGCAGGGCUUUUUUUUUCCCGACUAGACUCCAGACCCUUUUUCUUCUGUGGAUCAGAUCCAGGCGAAAGCUCCCUUCCUCUCUUCUCUCACUCCUCCUUCCUCUUUCUCCACCUCGCCCUCCCUUUUCUCCAGCUGUCUCAACAUGGGCGCAUGGAUUCUGAGGCGGCUGAGUUUCUCCAGCACAGGAGGGAAGAGGACCUCUGAUCAUGGAAUGCCUUUAGAUUCCUCUGAAACUGUGAGAAUUCAUGUGAAUAACGCGUUUCACAGCCACGCUCGUGGUACUUUGCUUGCUGACGGUUCAUUCAAGAAACCCUCCCCCUCCUCUCUAUGAUGCCCUGUUGCAGCAGAGUCUGUGUACCUUCAGAUCUAUUUUCUAUACCACAGUUCACCAGCUAUGUUCUGGGAUAGAGACUGUAUAGAUAGAGUAAAUAUUUGGACUGUCGUCCUCUAUUUUUUACGAGUAUGUUCCCCUCUCCCUCUCUUUCUAUCUCUAGUCACACACUUUUCUCUUUGUCAAGUAACCUAGAAAAGAUAAAAACAUUUUGCAAGGGAGUUGUGUGAUUUUCUAAGAAACACAUUCACACAGAUGUGGCAUAAAAACAAACAUAUAUACAAAAAAAAAAAAAAUCCAAAUUUUCGUCUCGCCUACAACGUGCACACACACUUACAGACACACAAAGUUUGUGGGAUAAGAAAAAAAAAUCAGAGAUGUUGCUUUUUACAGCUGAUAAAAACACACUGGAGGCUGGCAGAUAGCUCCUGCAAUCAUAGUUGAUGAAGUGCUAAUUACCGCCACUGCAAUCAAUGCGAGGAGCUCCCUACACACAUACAAACACACACACACAUUUAUAAACAUGUGUGUGUGGGUGGGAGAGCGCUGUAAGGAAUGGUGUAUACAUAUCACUAUCUAAGUCCCACCAGCGGUUCAGUCCGCCUUCUCUGGUAAAUAGAAAAACCUGAAGUCUAUUUUUCUUUAAUCUUAUUUCAGAGCGUGGGCUCUAGGAAUAUCUCUAGGCCUUGUAGGCCUCUGUCCCUCACUCACUGACUUCUUUGGACUACGAGGCAAGGCUCGAGGCUUUGACCCAGAUGGUCUAUAACUGCAGCACUGGCAGCCAUCUUAUGGCAGCGUCUACUUAAAGCCAGAAAACAACAUGGCUGAAAACCAGUAGGCGACAUUUAUACUGGCUGCAUCCCUAUUUGGUUCAGCAAACUAAAGCAUGGGCAAGGUUAAUAUUGUGUUCUCUCUUCUUGCAGCAGUUAUACAAGAGAUGGCUUAUAUUGUAACAUUUUCACUGUAUAAAACUUAGGGAAAAUGACUAUUAAAAAUCAUAACUUUUUAAAUGACUAGAUAUUAUUAUGAUUAUUAUUAUUAUUAUUAUGAGAGGAUUUGUCUCCUAGCUCAGCAUGCAGAGUCCAGUACUGAUCAUCUUGGCCUAUCACGUGCCUGUUUGGACCUUGAUUCCCGGCAUGCAAAAACAGGUUCCCAGUCCCCACUGGGCCAAAGGUGCCUCACCCACCCAAUACAUCCAUGUAGAGGACACGUAGCAUUACCCAUCGAAAAACCACACUCUCAGAUGUAUUCAUUCUGAAAUGACCAAAGUCCUUUUUUCACCCCGAGACGAACUGAUUCUUUACAAAAAGACAAACAAAUCCGAUUCUCUCUGAUCCAAUCCAUCGAAGCUUUCACUGUGAUAGCAUUUGUCCGAAAGAAUCAACUCCGCUCAGACCCCCCUUCCCAAAGGGGCCUUUGACUGAUGUCAUUUUGGAGAAGUACGUAUACCUUGAAUUAAUCACAUGCAUGUAUUUUCUAUAAGGAAACAAGGUAUGGGUAUCGUUCUUCACUCUGUGUAAACUGAAGAGCACUGAAGUUGGGAGUUGAAUGGGCAUGUUGUAGGCUACAGCACACUCACAGCUAACCUGAAGGUAACCCACUGCACUUUCUGUUCUGCAUCCUCAUCCCGACUGUUAGCAGUUUGUCACAGCUCCAUCUGAUCAAUCAAUUUUUAACAUUUGUCUUGUUUUAACGAUUUCCUUUCCUGAUAGUUUUGUUAGAUAAGAUUUAGAAUAUUAAGUAGAUUGUUGCUGCUGUGUGCUGCUAAAGCUGCAAUUAUAUUAAGAAUUGAUUUGAGUAUGAUUUUGACUUUAUUGGGAUUACACAUGAUCAUUUCUUCUUACAGCACAUCAAAGCACAUUAGUUAGAAUUCAAUAUUUGUCUGUACAAAGCUGUUAAUAACAAAAAUGGCGUACUAUACACACACACAUAUACAGGAGCUGGAAACCGCUGUAGUUGUAGUUGGGGCUGACGUUCUGUCCUCAUUACAGCCAAUCAUCCUCCACUCUUACAAACUCUACAUGCUGGGCUGGCUGCUGCUCCAGCCCUGCAGUCCAGAUAACUGGCUCCUCCAAGGCUGACUUUAUUUUUGUAAAUGACCGGUGUGUAAAUGUACAUCUCUGUUUGGAUCUCUGUAGCCACCGUUCUUUUAGGUUUGUCCCCUUAUUUUUCUCUCGUAUACGGGUCGUGCGUGAUGUCGUCUCCUGAUACCAGUCACUUUUUGCUUUGCCCCCUCCCUCUCUUCAGAUGUGUUUCAAGAAUAUUCUAGCAGACUUAGUUUCUUUGUCGCUUCUGUUUUCAACCUCUUAUUUUGUACGUUGUCCCAUCUGUUGCAUGGGGAGAGGAUGGCAUCGAUGAACUGCAUGUAGUAGGCUAUGUCUAUCAAGAACUGUUGGUAUGUACCGCUAAUUUUACAUACAUAUAUGCAACGAGUUUGUCUACACUAUACAGUUUGUGUUUGUUGUAUACACAUAUACAACAUAUUGAAUAAAAUAUUUAUAUAAAAGGUGUACUGUAAUGUCAGUAACAUACUUAAUGCAAUAUAGUGUGCAGUAUAUUAUUGCACCUGUCAUUUUUUUUGGACGGGACAAAGAAAACAGAGGGGUUGGCUAGUUUAAGCAUGAAAAAGGCCAAAGUAGAAUUUACAUUAAAUUUUCUUUGUGACUUCUUAUCGGUCCUCUUUUCAAGUGGUGACUGAGCUCUUGUGUCAAUGCAGCUCUCAUCCCCUGAUGCCACCUUUUUGAAGUGACAUGGACAUCCAGCAUGCCACAACUGAACUAUGUAUGCCCUCUCUUUGUUUCCUCCACAUAGAGUUUAACCUUGUCACUAGUGUGUGUUCGAGUGAGGAAUGUCCAUCACGUACCUUCAGUACAGUGUGGCUUUCAUGGCAGAUUGUUUGGUUUGAUUUUACCCAGUGGAGAAGAAUAGGCACUAUUAAAAUGAUUUAUUUUCAAAAAAAAAUAUAUAUACCAUUGCAAGUAUGCCCAUUGGAGUUAUGUCAUGUUAUAACAAAUUUGUAACCAUGUAUGAUUAAGGUCUUCGCAUUGUUUUCCAUGCAAAAUGUUGUGUCAUGCGGCACAUUUAAUGUUUUAUUAUUAAAAAGAAAUAAAAACCUCAAACAGUAA